UUCAGCAGCCGCGCGGCGCUCGAGUGUGAUUCCCUUCUCUGCUGCGGGCGGGUCUACUGUGAGUCGAGCUUCGUCUCUUACCAAUAAUCGCGUGAAAUUUCUCCAAUUUAGACACGCGGUCGACAGGGAAUUGGAACCCCGCGAGGAAACAAGGUAUGGCAGCUAUCAGGAAAAAGCUGGUGAUCGUGGGAGAUGGAGCGUGUGGGAAGACCUGUCUCCUCAUAGUGUUCAGCAAAGACCAGUUUCCAGAAGUCUACGUGCCUACUGUGUUCGAGAACUACAUUGCAGACAUCGAAGUCGACAGCGAACAGGUGGAGCUGGCAUUGUGGGACACAGCAGGACAGGAAGACUACGAUCGUCUGAGGCCUCUGUCUUACCCAGACACAGAUGUCAUCCUCAUGUGUUUCUCAAUUGACAGUCCCGACAGUUUAGAGAAUAUCCCAGAAAAGUGGACACCGGAGGUGAAGCACUUCUGCCCAAACGUACCCAUAAUCCUCGUUGGCAAUAAGAAGGAUCUGCGGAAUGAUGAGCACACACGGAGAGAGCUGACUAAGAUGAAGCAGGAGCCGGUUAAACUGGAGGAGGGCAGGGACAUGGCCAAUCGCAUUAGCGCCUUCGGCUACCUGGAAUGCUCAGCCAAGACUAAGGAGGGUGUGAGGGAAGUAUUUGAGAUGGCCACCAGGGCGGCGCUGCAAGUCCGCAAGAGGAAAAGGAGCUUGUGCUUGCUGUUGUGAGAGAACUUCCCAGUCUUUUCCAGAAUAAUCUCUAUAAUGACCAUGAAUUACCAAACUCCAAAAAAAAUAAAAAUAAUAAUAAAUAAAAAAAUAAAAAAGUUUUUGACCAAACAACAACAAAUACACUGGACUGUAUAUCACAUUUCAUGUAAACCAACAGGCGGAAAAUGGAGGAAUGUGAAUAAAAUAUGCAUUCAUUUGACAGGCUGGGUAGAAAGGCAGGUUAGAUCAGUAUAUUAUAUCAAAUGUUUUGAUUUAGUUUUCCUUUAUGGCCCAAUGUGUUUCAGAAUACACCGUUUUUCUUCAGUUUGUACUGUACGGAUGACAUCAGUCGUAACAGUAUUGUAUUUUUGCACAUUUAACAAUCAACCAUUACAACUGAGUCUGGUUUUCAUAUUUUUGUAAUCUAAAUUAAUAUAACCGUGUAGAAAUAUCUUAAUAGCACAGAAUUUGAUAGAAUCAGUGCCUUCAUCACCAUUCCCUCCAUAAUUUGAAUGUACUCCAGUAAAGUGCUAGUUCUGAGCUCUGUGACUUUACACACUUAUUACUUUUUUUUUUUUGAAGUAACUGUUUUUAAAUGUAUUCCAAGAAUCUCCAGUAAUAUUAUAUUGUUUAUAUCUUUCGAUCCCCAAAUAAAUAGUAAUUACAUGUCAUUUGAAGGCUGUCACGUCUAAAACAAACUGCCAAUUAGGAAUGUAUUGUAUUUUAUUUGUGUUUACCUAUUUGUCCUCCACACAUGCAGAAAUGUACGUGUGCACAUGGAGCUCUAUAGAUACUAAACUGGUUGAACCUGCCUCGAAUAUCUGGGCUGAGCUCAUGCGGUCGCAUGUAUUUUCCUUACAUUAGCCAAUUUAAAGGACACAUGCUUGAGUAUUGUUAAUGCAAACAUUACAUAUGUUUUAGUUGUAAUCACUUACUAAGUUUUUAGCACUGCAAAACGUCAAAUAAAUACACAAACCAAUUGCUAGCAAAUGUAUUUUAGUUAGAAGAGGUCUUGAGUGCCUUUCCUUUUCCCAUAGAACUGAGUGCCUUUAGUUAUCGUUCUUUAAUGCGUAUGGGUUGAGAUAAAUGUUUGUGUGCAUGCACAUGUUUUGUCGUGAGCAGUGUUGUAAUGUUGCAUGCCAGUAAAUCGGGCCAUCUGGGUUCUGAGAAUAACUAGCAAAUUAUACAGAGUUUUGCUUCUGGAAAAAAGAUCUGUAGCUUUUAUUCGCCAGCAUAGAAUCCAGAUAGUGGUGUCUCUUCCACUGGUGUCCCCUGCUGGUGCCAUGAGAUGUCUGAUAUGAGGUACAUAAAUCCACAACGUAUUUCCUGCCUUUGUUAACUGUUUGAACGAGCAUUGGAUUCAUUAGCACAGUGUAGUUUCCCUCGUCUGCUAAUGUAAAAAAAAAAAAAAAAAAAAGUGAGGGUAAAAAGCACAAAAAACUGAAGCAAAAAGCACAAAAAUAUUGAAAGAAAAAAGGAUAGUUUGCAUUAUGAAAGAAAAAUAAGAUUUAGGAGGAAAAUGUUUAUGUAGUAGAUCAAGUAAUUAUUACAUAUUUAGUUUUGGGAUUUAUUUUGUGUGUGUGUGUGUGUAUGUAUACACACACACACACAUACAUUUUAUAUAUAUAUUGUUAUAUACAAACGAACCAUCUGUAUAAUUCUUGACCACCUGGAACAUUAUUAUUAAACAAAAUUAUUAAAACACUGACUGUACAAUACAAGUACAAACUACACCCUACCUGCUAAUAAAAGAGGAACAUGUUCUUGUACUGAUUUGUGAAAUCCUCGAAGCAGAUGUCCGUUGUGAAGUCAUCGUCUGCAUGAGCUAAUUACUACAGCGACCAGUCUUGGCUUACAGAACUCCUCUUUGGACUCCGAGAUCAAUCUGGUGUGUUCAAAUGGUCUCUAUGGUCCUUUUUUUCUGGAAGUAUUAAAUACGAUUUAUUAAUCUUAGAUUUUUAUGAGUGCUCCGUAACAAUGCUUUGUAAACGAGACUAGUAGUAAAUGUUUGAAUGAGGUGGUACCAACCUAUGUUAAUAAACUAUUUUUUCUAAACAAAAAA